AAGUUGUCACAGUUGCUAGUAUAGUAAAUGCCACACUCAUUAGAUGUUUCAAAAAUUUAUCAAAAUUCAAAGAUGAAUUAUUACUACAAUUUUUAAAGAAAACAAAGACUAGAUCUACAGAUCUUAAAAAAAGUGAUAACACAGUAACAAAUACUAGUAAUAGUGUAGAAGAUGAAAUUAUUGACAAGAAAAUUAUAUAUGGUUCUUUAUUAGAUAAUACUAUAAUUAGUAGUCCACCUUCUAUGGAUGAUAACAUUGACAAUUAUAAAGAAACAAUUGAAACAAUAAAAUACUUAAUUAUUCAAACAUUACAAUCUGAAAAGCCAGUUUGGUUCGGCGAUGAUGGAACGGCUAGUGAUUCUUCAUUAGAAAUCCUGGAUAAUAAAAUUAUUGAUGAUUAA